AUGGCCAGGUCCGUCAACAGAAGAUGCCAAUACAUCAAGAGAACUCUAAGUUCAAUCUCCAGAAAGCAGUCACACUGUUCCAGCAUCAACUUUGGCCAUAGAAAUUAUUCUCGCUACAUAAGCAGGGUCCUGAAGGAAGUUGUCCCCCAGAGAGGCAUGUCAUCUCAUUCUGUGGACAUUAUAAACAUCCUGAUCAAUGACAUCUUUGAACGCAUUGCUACAGAAGCCUGCCAGCUGAUGUACCGCAAAAAGCGCUGCACCCUCACCCCAGAAGACAUCCAGAAGGCAGUGUAUCUGCUGUUGCCCAGGAAGCUGGCUAAGUUUGCAGUGACUUUUGGAAAUGAAGCAGUCCGUAGAUUUGUCCUUUCCUAA